GCCUGGUGUCGAUGCCACUGAUUCAGUGGACGGUGCUUUUCCAACUGAUGAACCAGACACAGGGCCGUCUUGUUCAACAGCACCGCCACAUAGUUCCACAGCUCCUCCGUAUACCAGACAGACAUCAACAGGACCAAGCAUGAAAAAGAUAUUUCGCUUUGUGUCGGAAAGGAUCCCCCUGCAGUGGAAAAAUCUAGCUCGAGAGUUGCCGAUCUUGCCAGAUGACCUGAUAGAAGCAGAGAUAUUCCAGAUUGAAGAAAUGCACCGCGGCAACCUCAAGGAACAAGCAUACAGGAGCCUAAUAGUAUGGGAGACGAGUGAGCCUGAGCAAUGCACUAAAGAAAUGCUAAUCACUGCCCUCAAGGACUGCCGACUUAAUCUUGUAGUCAAGGAACUAAGUACGCAGCCAUGGAUCUGAAGUGACAGCAACAUCUCUAUGGCUGGCCAUGACUUUGAGUUUCAUUUCACUGAGUUAAUAAUAUGUAGAGGUAGUAUAGAAGAAAAGAAAAUGAAAAAAAAAACGUACAACAGGUCUUGUGCAUUGUAUUUUAUUUAUUGAGGUGAUGGUUUAUUUAUGUCUAUUAAACGGUUGUUGUUUUUUUUGGCCAUUUUCUGUUUUAAAUAGUUUUAGCAUUUUUAAGAAUCAUGUACGUUCCAAGUAGUAGAAAAGGAUAAAUUGUUACUGUAUUUUUCUACUUUUCAGUGUAUCCCUUUAUUUAAGAUUUUUUAAAGCAAAGACGGCCAUUACUGUAGAAUACUUUAUUUUUAACUUGACAUUUAAUCAGCAAACUAAAUCCAGUCCCGUAAAAAAUUGUUUUCAACCUGAUGGUUUAUUCAUGAGCAAAAAAGUAAUGUGUUGAUCAAAUUUGCAUGUUUCAGGGGAAUUUUUUCCAGUUUCAAAAAAAAGGUUUCAACAGUAUUUUGUAGGUUGGUAUCCUAAUCAUGUAGUUUCUCAGCUUUCAAGAGAGGAAUAAUUUUUUGGGGGACCCUAAAAUUUGUAUAUAUAGCAAGAUAAUGAAAAGAUACAUACCGAUAACAAUCAAAAAAUUAAUCUGUCUACAAAAAUUGCCAUAUUAAGUAUUUUAUUAAAGUUUGUUCUGCCAAAAAAACAAAAAUUGUUUUCCUGAGAUUUUAAGUGCUUCAAACUGAUUGCAAAGCAUCAUGACACUUCUCCUUUAAUUUAAAGAGAAGAAAACAAAAUUAAAUGAUCAUUAUUAUAUAAAUAGAAUGAAAAAGAGACUAUACAUUUUAAUAGUAUAGUUUUAAAAUAAACCAAAGUUGUAAUUUUUAGAUAUAGAAUGUUGUUGAAUAUUUUCUUACUUCUUGAUGUGGGACAAUUUUUUAAUAAGAUUUGUAAUCAAAAUUAAAGUCCUGGUUGAGUUAGGUGUG